GAGCGCAUCGGUGAACUGCCAGAGCGACGAUUCCCCAAGGGGUCCGGCGACCGCGUGGCAGUGGUGCGGGAACGCUCUGAAAGUAGAGCAGUGGGGCGCCCGGAGGUGUCGCGAGCCGAGCCCUCCCCAGCUAUUCCAUGCCAGGUUGGAGGCUGCUAGCGCAGGCGGGCGCCCAGGUGCUGGGUCGCUGCUCCGGCGGCCUGAAUGCUGCCCGGGGCUCGGGGAACAGAACAGACAUCUGGCUUUUUGUUAGAAGUCUCCAUGGUAAGAGUGCUACUUGGUGGGAUGAGCAUCUUUCUGAAGAAAAUGUCCCAUUUAUUAAGCAGUUGGUCUCUGAUGAAGAUAAAGCUCAGUUAGCAAGUAAACUGUGUCCUCUGAAAGAUGAACCGUGGCCUAUACAUCCUUGGGAACCAGGUUCCCGUAGAGUUGGCCUUAUUGCCUUGAAGCUGGGCAUGAUGCCUUUGUGGACCAAAGAUGGUCAAAAGCAUGUGGUCACGUUACUUCAGGUACAAGACUGUCAUGUCUUAAAAUAUACUUCGAAGGAAAACCAUAAUGGAAAAAUGGCAGCCCUACACGUAGGAGGAAAAACCGUAUCACGUUUCCAUAAAUCUCCAUCUAUUUUGGAAUUUUACAAAGAACUUGGAUUACCAGCAAAACAGAAAGUUAAAAUCUUUCAUGUAACAGAUAAUGCUGUAAUUAAGCCAGGCACUCCUCUUUAUGCUGCUCACUUUCGUCCAGGACAGUAUGUGGAUGUCACAGCCAAAACGAUUGGUAAAGGUUUUCAAGGCGUCAUGAAAAGAUGGGGAUUUAAAGGCCAGCCUGCUACGCAUGGUCAAACAAAAACCCACAGGAGGCCUGGAGCUAUUGCAACUGGUGAUAUUGCCAGAGUCUGGCCUGGAACUAAAAUGCCUGGGAAAAUGGGAAAUGUAGACAGGACAGCAUAUGGAUUGAAGGUAUGGAGAAUAAACACAAAGCACAAUAUAAUCUAUGUAAAUGGUUCUGUACCUGGACAUAAAAAUUGUUUAGUAAAGGUCAAAGACUCUAAACUGCCUGCAUAUAAGGAUUUCUGUAAAAAUCUACCGUUCCCUACAUAUUUUCCUGAUGGAGAUGAAGAGGGACUACCAGAAGAUUUGUAUGAUGAAAACGUGUGUCAGCCUAGUGCACCUUCUAUUAUGUUUGCCUGACAUCAUUGGACUUGGAAGAACCUUACAUAUUCUGUGAGCACUGAUGAGCCCGAAUAAUAAUCUAACCAGAAAUUAUAUUCUUUCCUAGUCGCAACAAUACCAUACUUGUCAUCUCUGUCAAAGACAUAGAUCCCUCAUCGCUCAGUUGAAUUUUGUUAGAAGAAUUACUUCAUUAAACAUAUAAAUUAAGUAGGUUAGAUUUGCUAAAAUUGGCAGUUUGCAUAUUAGCAAAAUAAUUGUAAUUCGUGGACUUCAUUAUUUUCUAUUUCUGGAGAUAAAAUGUAUAUAAAUUUAACUUUAUUAAAGAUCUGUCAAUCUUUUUGAAAGAGUGGUCGUGAUACAGUAGAAAACCAACAGGAACUGUGGUGCAACCUGUUUGGGUAAAGAAUCCAUUUGCUAAAAUUCACUUUUAUUAUUUUUUUGCAUUUAAAAGAAGAAAGUAAGUGAGAUUUUUAUUUGAAUUACAGAAAUACAUGUUGAAGGCCUGACAAAGGAAAGAUAAAAUCAUUAAUUAAGGGUCCUAUUUCUUUUGGAGCAGUAAUUAUUUUUUACUUUGAUUACUCAAAUGUAUGAGUGGUAUAAUUAUUUUUCUAUGAUGCCUUUCAAAAAGGAGUUGUUCAUUCAACAAACUUAAUCAAGUAUUACUCAAAAUGUUAAUUCUUCUGGGUUUCUUUUCAUUGUAAGAAAUUAAGAUAUAUUUACUAAUGGCUACUCAAGACAAAUAAUUAAACUUAACAAUGUAAGUAUAAGCAGACCUCAUUUAACUACUCAACUUCCUCCAAACCAAAUUCUUGAUUUAUAUCAACCAAGAAGCUUAUUGAUUAUAGUGUCAUGUUACAUCUCCACAUGAUUUAUUUAUCACUAAUAAAUUUGUAUUAAAAGAUCCAGUAGUAUUUUCCAGGCCAUAUUAUAUCUUUCUCAUUUUCACUUUAAAUCCAAAUCCAAAAA